GAAAAACUGCUGCUGCCACUAAAAUGACAUCAUGUUGUUUCUUUUGGGAGGAUUCUGAAGGCUUCUCAAAAAUACGACACAGUGGCUGACUGCGUGGGCUAUAAUUCACUGGAAGGAGCUGUUGUGCUAGGAAAGUGGAGUAACUGUGCAUCUCUCUCUUCUCUAUUUCUUGGGAAGUUUUGUGUGUUGUCAGGAUUAAGCCAACACUGAAAUCUGGGAUGGGCCUCAGGGGCAAACACUCCCUUGUUUCUUCUGACACUGGAAUUUGUCUACAGUCAAUCAACUGAGGCACCUGCUACUCAUCAACUUUUGGUUUUUUCCCUGCCUGAACAAGGUUAUAUUUUCCCUCGCUUCAUCUCCUUUUAUUUUUUUUUGUUCCUUGACUGAUUAAUUUUCUCCUGGCUGUGGAAAAAAGAGCCCUUCUGAUGUUGAUUUAAAUAAUGUCGAAACCAAUGGGACUUCUAUGGCUGCCUUUGAUCUUCACCCCAGUCUGUGUCAUGUUGAAUUCUAACUUCCUCCUGUGGAUAACGGCACUGGCUAUAAGAUUUACUCUCAUUGAUGGCCAAGCACAAUAUCCAGUUGUUACCACAAAUUAUGGCAAAAUACGUGGUUUAAGAACACCUUUGCCCAACGAAAUCCUGGGUCCAGUGGAGCAGUAUCUGGGUGUUCCUUAUGCCUCCCCUCCAACUGGAGAAAGGCGAUUUCAGCCCCCGGAGCCACCAUCUUCUUGGACCGGUGUCCGUAACGCCACACAGUUUGCUGCCGUUUGCCCUCAGUACCUGGAUGAGAGGUCCCUGCUCAAUGAUAUGCUGCCAGUCUGGUUUACAGCCAAUUUGGAUACUGUGGUGACCUACGUUCAAGACCAAAAUGAAGACUGCCUAUAUCUGAAUAUCUAUGUGCCCACAGAGGAUGGAGCCAACACAAAGAAAAGCGCAGAUGAUAUAACCAGUAAUGAUCGUGGUGAAGAUGAAGACAUUCAUGAUCAGAACAGCAAGAAACCAGUUAUGGUCUAUAUCCAUGGUGGAUCUUACAUGGAGGGUACUGGCAACAUGAUUGAUGGGAGUAUUCUCGCGAGUUACGGAAAUGUCAUUGUUGUCACCCUCAAUUACAGGCUGGGGGUUUUAGGUUUUCUGAGUACUGGGGAUCAAGCUGCAAAAGGCAAUUAUGGACUGCUUGACCAAAUCCAGGCUUUGCGUUGGAUUGAAGAAAAUAUUGGAUCCUUUGGAGGCGACCCAAAAAGAGUUACUAUUUUUGGAUCUGGGGCAGGAGCUUCCUGCGUUAGUCUUCUGACACUGUCUCACUAUUCAGAAGGUUUGUUCCAAAAAGCAAUCAUACAGAGUGGAACAGCCCUGUCCAGCUGGGCAGUGAACUAUCAGCCUGCCAAGUACACUCGGAUAUUGGCAGAUAAAGUGGGCUGCGACAUGCUAGAUACCACUGAUUUGGUUGAAUGCCUUCGGAAUAAGAACUACAAAGAACUCAUUCAACAGACUAUCACUCCAGCCACAUACCACAUUGCCUUUGGGCCCGUGAUCGAUGGAGACGUGAUUCCAGACGACCCUCAGAUUCUCAUGGAGCAAGGGGAAUUCCUAAACUAUGAUAUAAUGCUGGGCGUCAAUCAAGGGGAAGGUUUAAAAUUUGUGGAUGGCAUUGUAGACAAUGAAGAUGGUGUUUCCCCCAAUGACUUUGACUUUUCUGUUUCCAAUUUCGUGGACAAUCUAUAUGGUUAUCCAGAAGGGAAAGAUACACUUCGAGAGACCAUUAAAUUCAUGUAUACUGACUGGGCAGACAAAGAAAACCCUGAAACAAGACGGAAGACCUUGGUAGCUCUUUUUACUGACCACCAGUGGGUUGCUCCUGCUGUGGCCACCGCUGAUCUACAUGCCCAGUACGGAUCUCCAACAUAUUUCUAUGCAUUUUAUCACCACUGCCAAAGUGAAAUGAAACCAAGCUGGGCUGAUUCAGCUCAUGGUGAUGAAGUCCCUUACGUGUUUGGCAUUCCCAUGAUUGGCCCCACAGAGCUGUUCAACUGCAACUUUUCCAAGAAUGACGUCAUGCUUAGUGCAGUAGUUAUGACAUACUGGNNNNGUUUUUAUUUUUGUAGAGAUCCAAACCAGCCUGUUCCACAGGAUACAAAAUUCAUCCACACAAAACCCAACCGCUUUGAAGAAGUGGCCUGGUCCAAAUACAAUCCUAAAGACCAGCUUUAUCUGCAUAUUGGCCUGAAACCCCGAGUUCGCGAUCACUACCGAGCAACAAAAGUCGCUUUCUGGUUGGAACUUGUACCACACCUUCACAACCUAAAUGAAAUAUUUCAGUAUGUUUCUACAACAACAAAAGUACCCCCUCCUGACAUGACAUCAUUUCCUUAUGUUACUCGACGUUCUCCUGGUAAAUUGUGGCCAGCCACCAAACGGCCAGCAAUGACACCAGCAAACAACCCCAAGCAUUCAAAGGACACCCAUAAAACAGCUCCAGAGGAUACCACAGUCCUGAUAGAAAACAAGCGAGAUUACUCAACGGAGCUGAGCGUCACCAUUGCUGUGGGGGCCUCCUUGCUGUUUCUCAACAUUUUAGCUUUCGCUGCAUUGUACUACAAGAAAGACAAGCGGCGUCACGAGACUCACCGGCGCCCAAGCCCCCAGAGGAACACAACCAACGAUAUUACGCACAUACAGAAUGAAGAGAUUAUGUCCUUGCAGAUGAAACAGCUGGAACACGACCACGAGUGUGAAUCGCUGCAGGCUCAUGACACGCUGAGACUCACCUGCCCACCCGACUACACACUGACGUUGAGAAGGUCCCCAGAUGACAUCCCGCUCAUGACGCCCAACACCAUAACCAUGAUUCCAAAUACAUUAACAGGCAUGCAGCCUUUGCAUACUUUCAACACCUUCAGUGGAGGACAAAACAGUACGAAUUUGCCCCAUGGACAUUCCACCACUAGGGUAUAGCUCGACCCUUCUCCCUUGUACUCUCACAAGCCACUUGGAAGAAAGAAAAAAAAAAAGAAGAAAAAAAAAAAGAAGAGGAUAAAGAAUAAUACCACCCAUAGAACACCUUGUGAAAAUAUAAAGUAAAAAGAGAAGGACAGUCAUUAUUUUCUUACUGAUCCUUCCCAUAGAAACACUCUGAUGUUAAAGAUCAACCACGAACCCUGUGAAAUGUGAAACGUGUACAUUGCUGUUGCGAUACUGCUUUAAGAUCUCCACCACUUUGAUUGAAAGUUGAGGCCAGAAGAAGUCAUUUAGAAUGGUAUUUUGAGUGUAACAAGCAAAGCAGAAUCUCCUGGAACACAGAGCCAGUGACUGUCCUUUUUUUUUUUUUUUUUUUUUAAUAAAUGAAAUAAAAAAAUAAGUUCUCUAUGUGCCAUAUCAUGAAUGGCCCUUGUUAAAACAAAGACAUCGCCAUGGGCUUUUACCCAGCAAUUGAAGCUGUAAUCCAGAAGGGGGAAAUAGGAUUUUAUUAUUAAAAACAAAAAAGAAAAAAAAAAAAAAAAGAGGAAGACUGACUAUGCAGUAAAAUACGUAUAGUUCUGUGCAAAGAGAUGACUUGCCAGCCUGAACUAUAUUUAAAGAAACUUUGUAAAAAUGUACAUAUCUGUGAGUUUAAAAACAAAAAAGAAGAAGCUUUUAUUGAUGUUUUCAGUUUGAAAAGAGCUUUUAGAAAGAUUGUGCAUUCAGUUGUGACCUAUGUGUAUAUACAUUAGUCAUAUCACCUCUGUUUCCUCCAGGCCCAGAGGAGGAUUUUCUUCUUAAUUAGUAGAGGUAAACAAAGACAUGCAGUUUUCUAACAUGUUUCAUUUACACCAGGCCAUGGCAUCAUGCAGAGGAUACAAUUGUCUGUGUGACCUGCAUAUUUCUCUUACAGGUUACACUAGUGCAUGUUAAAGCAUACAUAGAAGAUUGUUGUUCUUUUCUGAUUUUUUUUCCUAUAAUUUAAUUUGUGUUAGCCUUCAUGAAAUUGCAACACAGCAAUGGAUCAGAAAAUGGAAAAAAAAAAUACAAUUACUAUUUUAAGCUUGUUGAAUAGAACCAAGAAACGUCCAAUAAUAUGUAUUCAAAGAGUCCAGUUUGUAGUUCUUGAUUAUUGCGAUACAUUAGGAAGAGUUUUGUGCCCUGACAAAUGCAAAGAAAGCCUGCUUUUUGGUCAGCCUUUUCCAAGGAAAAAUAGCUCUAUAUUCACCAGCAGUUGCAGAAAAAUCUGCGCUGAGAAAGCUCCUUCUCAGCUUUACGAAGCAAGGG